AUGACAGUCAUGAGGAACGACCAGAGGAUUAUCAUACACUUUGAUUACGACUGCUUCUACGCGUCCGUGUUCGAAAACGAAAACCCUUCCUUGAAGGCUCUUCCACUAGCGGUACAGCAGAAACAGAUCAUUGUGACCUGCAAUUACGAAGCUCGCCGCCGUGGCCUGCGCAAACUCCAGUUAAUCCACGAAGCCAAAACGACCUGUCCGGACGUUGUCAUAGUUCUGGGGGAGGAGCUAGGCAGAUUUCGAGAUGCUUCAAAAUCUCUAUACAAGUUUUUAGAAUCUUUUGCGUGGAGUGGAAAGGUCGAAAGACUAGGUUUUGAUGAGGUAUUCUUGGAUGUCACAGACCUCGUCGAGUACAACCAGGCGCUCUUAAACUACCAUGACUUGUCCCAUUCGUUCUUCCAACUCAAGCGCGAGGAUCCGACAAUAGGAUUCUCGUUUAAUGCAGCUGAGAUUGCCGGGCAUACAUUCCCUGAACAUCCGCCAGAUCCAAAUAAUCCUUCUCAUCCCCAGGAUUUUUUGCCGAGAUCCUGCACGGCAGUCCCGAAAUAUGAUAUCAAUGAUUCGCUCCUCCUUCGUCUCACUCUCGGGUCGCAUUUAGCCCAGCAUCUAAGAUGGAGCAUGGAAGAAGAGAAGGGAUAUACCUCGACGGUGGGCAUUUCAACAAACAAGCUACUGAGCAAGUUGGCUGGCAAUAUACACAAGCCAAAAGCACAGACAACUCUUAUACCGCCGUAUGAGAUCCUUGCAGACGAUUAUAACGAGACAGCUGGACGUGAGAGCAAUGUGACUAUGUUUAUAGACAGCCAUGACAUCGGCAAGAUCCCAGGAAUCGGCUUCAAAAUGUCCCACAGUAUCCGCAACCACAUCCUGUCCCGACCAGCCGAGUUUGACGACGGCCUAAUCUAUGGCGAAACCAAGGAACAAGUGACCGUCCGGGACGUCCGACUCUUUCCCAACAUGUGCCCCGAACUCCUCGAAACCCUACUCGGCGGUGCCGGCGCCGAGCAAGGAAUCGGAGGCAAGACAUGGAACUUGAUAAAUGGCAUCGACGACACGGAAGUUCGACAGAUGAAAAGAGUACCCACGCAAAUCUCCAUCGAGGAUUCCUACAUGCGUUUAGACACUUUACCUGAAGUCAUGAAAGAACUCCGCAUGCUGGCUACGAGUCUCAUCAAGAGGAUGCAUGCUGAUCUCCUAGAAGAUGAUGAGGAUCCUGACGCUGUAGGUCUAGGUGCAAAGCGCUGGCUAGCUCAUCCCAAAACGCUGCGUCUCACCACUCGUCCUCGACCACCUCUCAACGCAGAUGGUACGAGGACAAGAAGUUUCAAUCGCAUUUCUCGCUCUGGCCCUGUACCGAAUUUCAUAUUCACGUUUAAAGAAAGCAUAGAUGCUAUUGUUGAGAAACUCAUUCAAGUUGCUUUGAUUCCUAUGUUCAAGAGACUGCAUCCGCAGCAGGCAGGCUGGAAUCUAAGCCUGAUUAACGUGGCUGUUACGAAUAUGGUUGAGGCGGCGAGUGAGGGGAAGGGAGGGGGCGGUAGGGAUAUCGGGCGGAUGUUUAAGAGGCAAGAGGAGGUGUUGAAAGUAUGGCGAGUUGAGGAUCGCGAUGUACCUCCUGAUACAAUAUUCCAUGAAGACGAACAAGAUGGCGAUACUGCGCAAGUUGAUGACGCGGUCCAAGCAAAGCCAAGUGCUGGCAGUGAAGCUCUGGGGCCCAUCACAGCUGGCUCGGAAGACAUGAUGAUUCUGACUCAGAACACAGUAGAUGAAAACGGGGUUUGGGAAGAAGACGAAGAAGACGAGGGCAAUAUGGAGGUUUGCCAUGAGUGCGGGUCUGUGAUGCCUGCAUUCGCCAUGGCGGCCCAUGAACGCUACCAUGCGCUUGAGAACUAA